AGAUGCUUGAGAAAUUACUGGGUAUGGUGUGUGGGAAGAUUAGGGACGAGCCCAAGAACGGGCGGAGGAAGAUCAAAGGCACCGUCGUCCUUACGAAGAACAAUGCCAUGGACGUGACGGAUUUGAAGGCCUCGAUUUUCGAUCGUUUUCACGAGCUCUUUGGGAAAGGCGUGGCCUUGCAGCUCAUCAGCUCCGUUAACAGCGACCCGGUGAAUGGAGAAAAAGGUAAGCUAGGGAAAGAAGCGUACUUGGAGGAUUGGGUCUCGAAAAUCACCUCGCUUGCGGCUCAAGACGAGGCCUCGUUCGGGAUCACGUUCGAGUGGGACGAGUCGAUUGGUGUUCCGGGUGCCUUCUUAAUCCGAAACCAUCAUCACAGUCAGUUUUACCUUAAGACGGUUACUCUGGAGGAUGUGCCGGGACACGGACAAGUCCACUUUGAGUGUAAUUCCUGGGUUUAUCCUGCACACCGAUACAAGUAUGAUCGAGUUUUCUUCACGAACAAGGCGUACCUUCCAUGCGACACACCCGAGCCUCUGCGCAUUUACAGAGAUGAAGAGCUCGUAAACCUCCGGGGAAAAGGGUCCGGUGUCUUAAAGGAAUGGGACCGAGUGUACGACUAUGCAUACUACAACGAUUUGGGAAGCCCCGAAAAAGGAAAAGACUACGAACGUCCCGUGCUCGGUGGCCCACAGUAUCCCUACCCUCGUCGAGGAAGAACAGGUCGUCCACCUAACAAAAAAGAUCCGAAUACCGAGAGCCGACUGUUCCUGUUAAAUCUGAACUUUUAUGUCCCGAGAGACGAUAGGUUCACUCAAAUCAAGUUUUCAGACUUCAUUGCGUAUGCGCUUAAGUCUCUCGGUCAAGUACUGAUCCCUGAGGUUAAGGCUGUGUUUGACAAAACGAUCAACGAGUUCGACUCCUUCCAGGACGUGCUCGACUUGUACGAGGGAGGGAUUAAGCUGCCCGAUGGCCACACGCUGAGUAAAAUAAGAGAGCACGUCCCGUGGGAGCUGGUGAGGGAGCUCGUCCGUUCGGACGGGGAACGGUUUCUCAAGUUCCCAAUGCCUGAUGUCAUAAAAGAGGAUAGAACAGCAUGGAGGACUGAUGAAGAGUUCGGACGUGAAAUGCUGGCUGGGGUGAACCCUGUUGUUAUUCGACGUCUACUGGAGUUUCCGCCGACUAGCAAACUCGACCGUGCACAGUAUGGCAAUCAGGAUAGUACCAUCACAAGGGAGGAUGUUGAGAAAAACAUGAAUGGGCUCACUGUGGAACAACUCGCCAAAGCUUAUGUGGCGGUUAAUGACUCAGGCUACCACCAGCUCAUAAGUCACUGGCUAAACACUCAUGCGGUGAUCGAGCCAUUUGUGAUGGCAACUAAUAGGCAGCUUAGCGUACUCCACCCGAUAUACAAGCUACUGAAGCCACAUUUUCGUGACACGAUACACAUCAACGCCUUGGCCCGGCAAAUACUCAUUAAUGCGGGCGGCAUACUUGAGCGGACUGUGUUCCCAGCUAGAUAUUCUAUGGAAAUGUCUUCCUUCAUUUACAGAGACUGGAAUUUUACCGAGCAGGCACUCCCUGUUGAUCUUAUCAAAAGAGGGAUAGCAGUCCCAGACGAGAGCCGGCCCCACGGCCUCAAGCUCUUGAUCGAGGACUACCCGUACGCAGUCGACGGCCUCGAAAUCUGGUCAGCCAUUGAGUCUUGGGUCCAUGACUAUUGCCUCUUCUACUACCCAACAGACGAGAAGGUUCGUGAGGACACCGAGCUCCAGUCCUGGUGGAAGGAGCUCCGAGAAGUCGGGCACGGUGACCUCAAAGACAAGCCCUGGUGGCCCGAAAUGCAGACAAAAUCCGACCUCAUCAGCUCGUGCACAAUCAUCAUUUGGGUCGCCUCGGCUCUCCACGCUUCUGUAAACUUCGGGCAGUACCCCUACGCUGGCUAUUUACCAAACCGCCCGACCGUGAGCCGGAAACUAAUGCCCGAGCCCGGGACUCCCGAGUUUACGGAGCUGGAGGCGAGCCCGGACGUGGCCUUCUUGAAAACGAUAACGGCCCAGUUUCAAACGCUUCUUGGGGUGUCCCUUAUUGAGAUACUGUCGAGGCACUCGACCGACGAGAUCUAUCUCGGGCAGAGGGAGAGCCCUCGCUGGACGGCGGAUAGUGGGCCACUUGAGGCUUUCGGGAGGUUCGGUGAGGCUUUGGUGGAGAUUGAGAAGAGGAUAGUGGAGAGGAACAGUGACGGGCGGUUCAGGAACAGGCGUGGGCCCGUCAAGGUUCCGUAUACGCUGUUGUACCCGAACACAUCUGAUUAUACGAGAAGCGGAGGGCUGACGGGCAAGGGAAUUCCAAACAGCAUCUCCAUGUGA